GACAAACAGAGAGAGAGAGGGACGUUGUAUUUCUUCCACUCUGUUUUGGAAGAGAAGGACUUUGACAUUCAGCAGCUGAGAAGCACAGUAGGAGAGACUCCACACUUUUCAUUUUCUUCUUUCCUUGAGUGAGUGCUGUCUGUUUCUCCAGGAAAUACUGGCACAGCUCCAGCGGGUCAGGGCUGCAGAAGACGAGAGAAUUGGAUUUCAACGCCGGCGUCUGCAGACAGGCAGGGACAGGUGCUGCAUGCAGAGAAAGGAGGAGCAAAGCAAAGCGGAAACAUGCCACACUGCUUCAUAGGAGGGAUUCUGAAACAGCUGUCCAGCAGACGUCCUGCAUGUAAGAAGUAAACCCUCAAGGGCAGAGAAAGAGGGAGAGUGAGAGAAGACGAAAACGGCAACACGCUGCACCACCCAGAAGCUGACUAACAGUUUAGGUCAAGACACCUCUGAGACUGCAACCACAGACUGAAGAAAACAGGGACAUUAAUCUGCAAAGGCACAGGAGCAGGUGAAGAACAUUAAUCCAAACAUUUGAGCUGGAUUAUCUUCAGUGAGGAUUGAGGACGCAUUUAAAACAGCUGCUCUCUGAGAAUGUAACCCCUGCACUUCUACUUUGCGAGACUCCAGCAAGUUUAUCGCACAGCCGAGGAGAUCUGAACUUCCAGAACAUUCCUUGUUCCUCUCCAUACCUGUGGGACUCUAUAGCAGGGAUGCCUGCCAAAACACCCAUCUAUCUGAAAUCCAACUACAGUAAGAAGGGAAAGAAAUGCCGUCUGAGGGACAUUUUAUCCCCAGAUAUGAUCAGCCCGCCUCUCGGGGACUUUCGACACACUAUCCACAUUGGAACCGGCGGUGAAUGCGACGCCUUCGGUGACAUGUCAUUCCUGCAAGGAAAGUUUGAGCUUCUACCGGGGAAAGGUGGCCGUAAUCGACCUCAGUAUGGCAUCCACGGGGAGUUUAUGAGAGCUAAUAGUGCCUCAGAUGCAUCUUACGUUAAAACUCGAUCGCCGGUCCUGAAGAACGCAAUCUCACUCCCAACCAUCGGGGGCAGCCAAGCACUGACUCUACCCUUUGAUUCCACCGUGACCCAGGAUCGCCUGUCAGAGCCAUCUACCCCUCCAACUGGUUCUGAAGAUCUGGAAAUCCUACAGAUGGAGACUCUGCUUCAGUCCAUCAGCGCCUUCAGGAGUGACCCUAGCCCUGUCCCAGAGGAGGACGAACCCUUGAUUGACCGCACUGAGAUGUCUGAGAAAUCACUUGCGAAGAAGAAGAUGCACAGCAGUGAAAACGAGCUUGAAACAUUUUUGUCUGUGUUUGUUAAUGGAAGCAAUGGUGCCAGUGGGAACUUUAACAAUGGUAACAAUGGCAAUUCGGUCUUUGAGAACGAACAGGAGAUGUUUGGCUUCAAGGGCGACUGGGCAGACAGAGAUAGCGGUGUUGAAGAGGGUCGUCUAUGCGAUUCGGACUUUGAAAUCUCCAAAAGCAAAAGCCACUCGCAGGAGUCGCUCACUCAAAUCACGGGAUCCCUAUUCUCUCUUGAACUCGACUUGGGCCCAUCCAUUUUGGAUGAUGUACUCAAUAUCAUGAAUAAGUCGGUGUCUUAGAAAGUGACUUUUACUGAGAACUAAAAGGGAAUCUAUUUGUCUUGAGCCCAUGAACACGAUAUGACAAUACUGAACUGAAGAGGCUGUACUUUCUCUCCCAAAGUAAGUUUUUUGUCUUUAGCUUCGGAGUGUCUUACACACCUUGUUUUGCAAAAAUAACGCGAUUAUCACAAUGUCCCUGUGCCUUUUAAGUUAAGGUUAAGCUUACAUUGUUUCUUAUGAUGUACAUGCAAAUCAAACAAGGCUUUUUCUGUGUACUGUAGUUCAUCCACAACAUCAAAUAAAAGUCAGUGUGAUAACGUGCAUUUCUGCCAACAUAUACUGUACAAUGUUCCCAUCACAACGCCCUUAGCACACAGAUAUAUUUAUAAUGACAAUUUUGUUAACCACACUACCAAAUCUUAAAGGCACAUACCUACAGCAUAUAUGUUUUUACAUUGUGAAGCUAAAAAUUAAAUAAAUUAAUGAAUAAACAAUUCUCUUUUA